AAGCGUUAACGACGUAAACGCACGUGUCUUAAACAACGAGGUCGCGAUAUAUCCUUUGUCUAGUAAUUGACGCGAUGAACCGCAUAAUAAAAUCCUUGUCAUAUUUUUAUCGCAUUGUUAUUUGAUCUUUGUAUCGCCGUCGACGGACAAUGAUGCAUGAGAUAACGAAAAACUAAAUCGAAAUAUGCCUGGCGAUGUGCCACAAUGUCGGUAGGCCUCCUUGUCAAAGGACCGGAUUAAAAAUAUAUCAGCGCGCUUCGACUUUGUAAGAGAUAUGGCUCGCGAAUUUAUACGCUGAUCCAAAACAGGUCGCUGCAAAAAUGGUAACCGUAUCGGAAAGAGGCUACUUCCAUUGGAUCGAUUGGCUGGUGUUUGUUCUUAUGCUCUUCGUGUCUGCUGCAGCCGGCUUAUGGCACUUCAGAAGAGCACAAAAGUCGAACACACAAGACUACCUGCUCGGAGGAAGAAGCUUAGGACUCUUUCCCGUUUCCGCUUCUCUCGUUGCCAGCUUCAUAUCAGGCGUGACGAUCUUGGGCACUCCGGCAGAGAUCUACAACUUUGGCACGCAAUACUGGAUCACGAUCAUCUCGAUUUUCUUUUCCGGUGUCGUGGUCGCCGUCGUUUAUCUCCCGGUCUUCACCAACUUGCAACUUAAUUCCGUUUACGAGUACUUGGAAAUCCGAUUCGAUCGGAGCGUGCGGAUCCUCAUUUCUUUAAUUUUCGUCUUUGACGCGGUUCUUUAUCAAUCCAUCGUAAUCUACGUCCCGGCGCUGGCUUUAAAUCAAGUGAGCGGUAUCAAUAUACACUUGAUCGGAUCCGUUGUGUGCGUAGUCUGCGUUUUCUACACCGUCUUGGGCGGCAUUCGAGCCGUGGUUUGGACAGACGCGUUACAAGUCGGGGUGAUGAUAGCGGCCGCUAUCUCAGUCGCUGCUAUAGGCACCUAUCAGCUGGGAGGAAUGUCAGAAAUUUGGAACAAGGCCGUCGACGCUGGUCGCAUCGAAUUUCUAAACUUCGAUCCGUCACCCUACACGAGGCACACCGUUUGGACGGUGCUGAUUGGUUCCUGGUUGUACAGCACCGCGUACAUCGCCGUCAAUCAAACUAUGGUGCAACGAUAUAAAUCGUUGGAGAGUACGAGGCAAUCGCAAAUAUCCAUCGCGAUAUUCACCAUCAGUGUAAUGGUGUUUAUUUCAAUAUGCUGCUGGUGCGGAUUAGUUCUCCUUGCCUGGUGGUCGUCACCAAAAUGCGAUCCAAGAGUAUCUGGCUUAAUUACGGCUGAUGAUCAACUGCUGCCAGCUUAUGUCAUGGAGAUCGCAGGUCACCUGCAUGGAAUACCUGGUCUCUUCAUUUCCGGAGUUUUUGGCGCGGCGCUCAGUUCCUUAUCCGUAGGCUUCAACUCGACGUCCGUUGUGAUUUUAGAGGACUUCGUUAUAGGUUGUUUUAAAAUGAAACCCAGCGAUCGUUGUUCCCGUAUUUUCGUCAAAGUCCUUGUUCUGUUCUUCGGUCUGCUGGCGUUGAGCUUCCUGUUCCUGAUCGAGAAGCUGGGAGGAGUUUUAGCCGUGACGAACAGUUUGGCCGCCAUCGCUGCCGGGACUUCCUUCGGCGUUUUCACCCUGGGAGUCUUAUUUCCGUGGGCAAACUCCAAGGGUGCCUUUAUUGGUGCCGUUGCAGGAUUCGUGAUGGCCGGAUGGGCCAGUUUCGGAGCAAACGCGGCCAUCGGUUCCGGCCUCGUGGUGCCAAAGAAGCUUCCGGUUCCGCCUUGCGACGGGGAUAUUAAUCAUGACUUUCUAAAGCAAUUCGAAUACUCAAGCGAGGACGAUGUGUUCCCAUUAUACCGGUUGUCUUACCACUGGGUUGCCCCUCUUGGCACGCUGGUGGUACUUGUGAUAGGUGGGUUAGUCACCUGGAUAACAGGUGCGAGGGAUCCCUCAUCGAUCGACAGGAAUCUGCUCUCUCCGGUGAUUCAUAGAUGGCUACCGCCGCAGAAAUAUCCAAAUGACGUUAAUGGAUUGUGCAUGACAAAUAAUGCCGACUGAUCCGCAAAUAGCAGCGAAUUUUUUGCUGUGAAAAAUGUGUCCAAAAUCCUACGACGUUUUUAACGAACAAAUCAUCAUGCUCGACCGAUGAAUAUAUGUACACUAAACUAGAACAAUCGUGCGAAAUGUUCAAUUUUUUUGAACUACAGUUUGAUAUAAAUGAUCGUUUUUAUGUUUUUUCAAAGUUUAUCUGAACGCAUUUAUGUGGAAAUAAUUUAAGUAGGAAAGUAUGUUUAAAUACGUAAGAGUGUGUGUAUAAAAUAAACCUCCGAUCUCUUCGGAAUUAGAAGGCAUAAUUCUGAAUAGUUGGAAAUUAAUGAAUUUUCAAACUCUUUUAUAGAAAGAGGAAAUACAUGUAAAAAAAUUAUAAACAUAUUUUUUAUAUGUCA